AUGACGUAUUUUCACGAUCAUCAGUUUUCCCACAGGUUACAUGUGACGGUGGUGAAAGCGGAGAAUGUUACUAAAGGAGCGCUCGGUGACUUGUUGGACACGCCGGACCCGUACGUGGAGCUGUCUAUUCCGACCGCUCCGGAGUCCAGAAAACGGACGCGUCACAUAGACAAUGACAUCCAUCCGACGUGGAACGAAACGUUCGAGUUCCUCCUGGACCCCAAACAGGAACAUGUGCUGCAGAUGACCCUAAUGGAUGCCAACUAUGUCAUGGAUGAGACUUUGGGCACUGCGAAAUAUCUAAUCAACAACCUCAAACUAGGGCAUAAGGAGAUGGUGACUCUGCAAAUCGGCAAGACCACCAAGGUGUACCUGGAGAUGUCACUUGAAGUUUGUUCCUCCACAGACCUGCGCUUCAACAUGACCCUCUGUGAUCAGGAGAAGGUGUUCAGACAGACGCGCAGGGACAGAGUCAUGCUCGGCAUCAAGAAGCUCCUCAGCAUGGAAGACCCACACUCCCUUCCGACCUUGCCGAAAGAGGUCCCCACCAUCGCUAUAGUGGGAUCAGGAGGAGGUUUCCGAGCCAUGGUGGCAUUUUCUGGAGUGAUGAAGGCUCUGUACGAGUCUGGAGUCCUCGACUGCGCUACCUACGUGGCGGGGCUCUCCGGAUCGACGUGGUACAUGUCUAUGCUUUACUCCCACCCCGAAUUCCCGGAAAAAGGUCCCCGAGAGAUCAACCAGGAGCUGAUGAAGAGCGUGAGCAACAAUCCUUUAAAACUGCUAAUGCCGCAGCACAUCAAGCGAUACAUUAAAGCUCUGUGGAAGAAGAAAGCGGCGGGUCAGCCUGUAACCUUCACCGACUUCUUCGGCAUGUUAAUCGGAGAGACGCUCAUACCGGGGCGAAUGGACAUGACGUUAAGCUCCAUACAGGAGAAGGUGAACCAGGGUCAGUGCCCACUUCCUCUCUUCACCUGCCUGCACGUCAAACCCAACGUCUCAGAGCUCAUGUUCGCUGACUGGGUGGAGUUCAGUCCGUAUGAGAUCGGCAUGGCCAAGUAUGGAACCUUCAUGACUCCUGAGCUGUUUGGCAGCAAGUUCUUCAUGGGAAGCGUGGUGAAGAAAUAUGAAGAGAACCCCCUGCACUUCCUCAUGGGUGUUUGGGGCAGUGCAUUCUCCAUCCUGUUUAACCGGGUCCUUGGUGUGAAGGAGAUGACCGGCUGCAGCACUAUGGAGGAGGAGCUGGAGCAAAUUAAACCGGAGCACAUACUUGGAAACGACUCGACAGAUAACGAAGAGGAACCUCGCAGGAUGGGCACGGAGUCGGCGGAAGCGGAGGAGGAGCGCCAGCGUAACGCCCAGGCCAGCUGGACGCAGCGGAUGUUCAACUCCAUAGUGGGCGACACGUCUCUGUUCAACACUCGCGAGGGCCGAGCGGGCAAAGUGCACAACUUCAUGCUGGGGCUGCACCUGUACAAGGGCGAGAACAACACGCACCACCCGCACCUCGCACACCAGGUCUCCGUGGAGGACGAGGUGGACGCCGUCACAGAUCCCGACGAGUUCGAGCGCAUCUACGACCCCAUGGAUGUCAGCAGUAAGAAGAUCCACGUCGUGGACAGCGGCCUGACCUUCAACCUGCCGUACCCCCUGAUCUUGCGAUCCCAGCGAGGCGUCGACCUGAUCAUCUCUUUCGAUUUCUCAGCCAGGCCGAGCGACUCCAGCCCGCCGUUCAAGGAGCUGCUGCUGGCCGAGAAAUGGGCGCGCAUGAACAAGCUGCCGUUCCCUAAGAUAGACGUGAAGGUUUUCGAUCGCGAGGGCCUGCAGGAGUGCUACGUGUUUAAACCCAAGAAGGAGGACGAGCACUGUCCCAUCGUCAUCCACUUCGUCCUGGCCAACAUCCACUUCAGAGAGUUUAAAGCUCCGGGAGUCCGCAGAGAGACGGAUAAGGAGAGGGAGUUUGCCGACUUCGAUAUAUUCGACGACACGGAGACGCCGUUCUCCACGUUUAACUUCAAGUACUCCAACCAGGCGUUCCAGCAGCUGCACGACCUCAUGGAGUUCAACACGCUCAACAAUAUCGAGACUAUAAAAGAAGCCAUCAAAGAGAGCAUUCGCCACAGACGAGCGGUUCCGUCCCGCUGCUCCGUCUCUCUGUCCCUCAACGAAAUCGAAAACAAGAAGUUCCUGAAACGAGAGAUGAGCAGCGCCAGAAGAGACACGCCCAACAGAUAAUUGACACGCUCGCACGUUCAGUCUGUGUGCGGCUGUGAUGUGGCGCCAGCGCUUCCUAAACACAAACAAGCCCGACUGGAUGUUCUAUAUUUGGGCCGAGCACGUAACCGGAGCCCUUUUGUUUCCUCACGUUCUGCAUGUGAGCAUAACUUUCAUUACAGCCGCUGUUGUGAUGGUGUGUUUACACGGUCUUACACGAUCUCUACGUCUUGCGUACGUCCACCGUGGACUCUGACGUGCGAUACACCCAGUCUGGAGGUGUUCACAGCCAACCUUCAUCAUCCCAGGCGUCUUUUUGCAGGCCACUGUUUUAUACACUAGAAGUCUAGUUUAAAAAGUGCAAUUAUUUAAAGGAUUAAGAUAUUCAAAUGUUUACUUUCCAUUAUGAUGAUUUUUAAUGACACUUUGUAAAUAUCCAGUACAGACAGACAUACAGACAGAUAGAAGAUAGAUAGAUAGACAGACAGACAGACAGAUAGACAGACAGAUAGAUACUUUAUUUAUCCCGAGGGAAAUUACUGGCCUCCAGUAGUUAAACAAGCAAAAGAAGAAGAACUAAUACAAAUAUAAUAAGUAGUGCGUAGUGAAUAUACAGUACAACGUGCAUAUAUACAAUAUAUAGUGCAAAUUGUGCAUCUGCAAAAUAAUAAUAAUAGUAGGAGCAGUAGUGUCUUUUAUUUAUAUAGCCGCCUUUUUAUACUAGACUUAAUAUGUUUAUAAAGGCAAAAUCACUAAGAGAAACAGUUACGUCCUGGAGAAUCUGAACCUGUUCCCAUAUCGGUCUGGUCGGUUAUGUUACUUUAUAAUGUAAAAUAUUUACACAUAGUGAGUUUAUGUUAACGUAUUUAUGAAUCCAACAUGUUUAACAUCAUCUCAUCUGAGUUCUGUUUGUGUUUGUAUGUAGUUUUCUACAUUUAUUUUAUGACUUUGUAACCACAAAAACAAAGAUACUGUGCAGCAGUGGCUCGUUUUUAUUGUUUUGUGAUUAUUUGUGUAC